CCCCAAGACCCUGCCUACUUCGGAGCCAACUCCAUUUUGGUGACGUCCUCCAUCCAUUACCUGAACAUCCGCUACACGUUGCUGCCGUACCUCUACACCCUCUUCUACAAAGCGCACACGCAAGGGGACACGGUGGCACGGCCCCUUAUGCACGAGUUUUACUCAGAUGAAGCCACGUGGGACGUGGACCGGCAAUUCCUGUGGGGCCCCGCGUUGCUCAUCACCCCGGUGCUGGAUCCGGUGGACACGUCCCCGCUGGAAGUCCCCUACUGCUACUACAGCAGCGCCGACAACAACUACGCGGUGUCAGAGCUGCGUUACACCCCUUGGGGGUUGGAGGCCAACGUCACCCUCAGCACCGCCGGCACCGGGGGCACCCAGAGGUCCACCACCCCCAUUGGGACGCUGCGCCUCCAGGUCACCCACCACAGCGACCACCUCCUGCAGUUCAAGAUUGAUGAUUACGCCAAUAAGCGCUACGAGGUGCCGGUGCCGUUGAACCUCCCCAGCACCCCCACGAGCUCCAUCGAGCGUCGCCUCUACGACGUCAGCGUUCAGACCAAACCCUUCGGGAUCCAGAUCCGCCGCAGGAGCACCGGGACCGUCAUCUGGGACUCUCAGCUGCCCACCUUCACCUUCAGCGACAUGUUCAUCCAGAUCUCCACCCGCCUGCCCUCCCGGUACCUCUACGGCUUCGGCGAGACCGAGCACACGCAGUACCACCGCGACUUGAACUGGCACACGUGGGGAAUGUUCAGCCGGGACCAGCCCCCCGGGUACAAGCUGAAUUCGUACGGUGUCCAUCCAUUCUACAUGGGUAUGGAAGAAGAUGGCAACGCCCACGGAGUCCUCUUGCUCAACAGCAAUGGAAUGGAUGUAACGUUCCAGCCCACGCCGGCUCUCACCUACCGCACAAUUGGGGGAAUUUUGGACUUUUACGUCGUAUUGGGUCCGACGCCGGAGGUCGUUGUUCAGCAAUACACCGAGCUGGUGGGGCGACCGGUGAUGCCGCCCUACUGGGCGCUGGGAUUCCAGCUGUGCCGCUACGGCUACAAGAAUGACAGCGAAGUUGCCCAGUUGGUGGAGGACAUGAAAGCAGCCCGAAUCCCCUACGACGUGCAGUACACGGACAUCGAUUACCUGGAGCGCCAGUUGGACUUCAAGCUGAGCCCGCACUUCUCCGGUCUCCCGGAGCUCGUCAAUAAAAUCCGGGCAGAAGGAAUGAGAUACAUCCUCAUUCUGGACCCGGCCAUAUCGGUGAACGAAACCGAUUACCUCGCCUACAGGAGAGGAAUAGAGAAGGACGUCUUCAUCAAGUGGCCCAACUCCAACGACAUCGUCCUUGGGAAGGUCUGGCCGGAUUUUCCCAACAUCGUGGUCAAUGACUCCCUCGACUGGGAAAUCGCAGUAGAGCUCUUCCGCGCGUACACGGCGUUCCCCGACUUCUUCCGCAGCUCCGCGGUGGAGUGGUGGAGCACGGAGCUGCAGGAGCUCUACGAGAACCCCCACAACGCCUCCCUCAGCCUCAAGUACGACGGCAUCUGGAUCGACAUGAACGAACCCUCCAGCUUCGUCCACGGGGCGGUUUGGGGCUGCAGAAAUCAGGAGCUCAAUAAUCCCCCAUACAUGCCCCAAUUGGGGUGGAGAGAGGAGGGCCUGGCCUACAAAACCAUCUGCAUGGAGGGCGUGCAGACCCUGGCGGAUGGCACCGAGCUUCGCCACUACGACGUCCACAACCUCUACGGGUGGUCCCAGACCAAACCCACCCUGGACGCGCUGCGGAACACCACAAAGGAGCGGGGCAUCGUCAUCACGCGCUCCACGUACCCAACCAGCGGGCGAUGGGCGGGACAUUGGCUGGGGGACAACACGGCCGCGUGGGACCAGAUGACCAAAUCCAUCAUCGAUGCGUAUGAGGACGGCGUCUAUCUGCUGACCUCGUUUACGGCUCGUCAGAGGCAAGACCCCGUCGCGUGGAACUCCACGUUCGAGGACAUCUCCAGGGAUGUGCUGAACAUCCGCUACGCGCUGCUGCCGUACCUCUACACGCUCAUGUACAACGCCUCCGCUCACGGCAGCACCGUCGUGCGCCCGCUGCUCCACGAGUUUGUGGAAGACAGAACCACGUGGGAAAUAUACAGGCAAUUCCUCUGGGGCCCGGCGCUGCUCAUCAGCCCCGUGCUGGACCAGGGCGCCGUGUCGGUGAACGCGUACCUCCCGAACGCCCGCUGGUAUGAUUACCACACGGGCCAAUACAUCGGAUUCCGGGGAGAAUUCCGAAAUCUGCCCUCUCCUUUGGAGCACAUCAACCUCCACAUCCGGGGUGGUUACAUCCUCCCCCAGCAGACCCCAGCCAACACCACCGCCUACAG